UUAAAGGUGACUGAACUUUAUGAUUUUUGCUUUGAAAUUUCCAUGGUAUUGCUUGAUUUUAUUCCUUAGUUACAUUUCUUUGUGUCUUUUACAAAUAUAAAAUCAGCAAUCUGUAGACGAGUUUGCUUGCAGGAUUAUUUGCUUAAUUAAUAUCGUAAAACUCAGCAGUUUGGUUAUCGACAGCUAAAUAUGUGACUAAAAAUUAAAUCGGGGGGUAAUUUCAAGAGUCUUAUAACCUAUUAAAGUAUGGGUAAAGAAAAACGAAAGAAAAGAAAAAGGUCCACAUCGGAUAAUGAUUCUAGUUCAAGCAGUUCGGAUUCGUCCCAAGAAAAGAAGAAACUACGCAAACUAAAAAAGAAACUAAAGAAAGAACGAAAGAAAACUGAGAAAGCUUUAAAAAGGAAGCUAAAAGAUGAGAGAAAGAAACUUAAAAAGAGACGUAGCAUCAAGAGUCCAAGUAGGAGUCGCAGUGAGGACUUAAACAAAACAGAUGAACCACCUGCUGACAUUCCAUUAGAAUUGAUGGAAAAAUCAAAAGCUAUGGCUCCUAUGACUAAAGAAGAGUGGGAACAGCGCCAGAGUGUUGUCCGUAGGGUACUGGAUGAAGAAACAGGCAGACACAGGUUAAUAAAAGGUGAUGGAGAGGUUUUAGAAGAGAUAGUGUCAAGGGACAGACACCGACAAAUCAACAAACAGGCAACACAAGCAGAUGGGGAAUUCUUCCAGUCACAAACUGUUAAAAAAAGGUUUUAGUACCUUUAUAAUAGUCAUUAACUAUGGUAUUUUAUUAUUAAGGUCACUCUAAAAUAACCUUGCCGUCACUGUAAUUCGAUUGGCGCUUUUCAAAGGGGUGGGGCAUAGAUGGCAAUGUAUCAAUUCAAAAAUUUUGGGACACGCAAAAAGUGUGUUUUUUUUAAGUGAAUAAUGUUAUGGUAAAAUACUUAAUUAUAAGGAGCUUAUUACAUUAUCUUAUGUAGGGUAUUAUCUAGUCAAUCUGAUUGAUUGCUUGAGGCUGAUGAAAGACUUUUUAUGGAAGCAAGAAGUUUUGCAGUUAUUUUGUAUAGGUUAAGAUUAACCUGGAGUUAUUUCUUUGUUUUGAUUAUAUUUGCAUCAAAAGUACAUUUGUCAGCUAUUGAACUAUUUUUAUAGCAAGUUGAAGUU